UGUUUGCAAAAGACAAUUUCACAUGCAAGAACCUCCUUAGCAUCGAAUGCCCUCGAUUUAAAAAACAAUUUAAUGGAGGUGAUGGCCAAUUGUGCAACAGUGGCCGAGUCUUUGAAGGGCAUUAAUAGACUGUUUAUAAAAAAUUGCCUAAACGAUGGCAUCGUCAGCAACAUUAACAGUAAGAGCAACAGCAACAGCAUCAUCAAUGCAAACAACAACAAAAACAACAACAACAACCAUAAUAAGUCUGAACCAUAUAGAGGCUAUAGUCAGCGAAAACAUCAUUUACUAAAUAAAUCCAAUUACACCUCCUCCUACACUAGUUCUACUACUACUAUUUCUACUUCUGCCACUACCACAACUACUACUAGUAAUUCUUCUACUUCUAUUUCGAAUUCCUGCUCUCUCCACGAUGCCAUUAGCUCAAACAGUCGAUGUAAUAACAUUAACCAUGACAUGAACAUGAACAUUAACAUAAAUAACACUAGCGACACUAGUAGUUGUAGUAGCAGCAACAGCAACAAUAACAACAGCAGCAAACGUUUCAGUAACAACAACUACAAUUGCCAGGCAUCCUCUGCUCAUACAGCUGCCUUCAAUUAUAUUGGUCAAAAUUAUUAUAAUUUUCUACGCAAUACGAUCAAUUUCUAUACCGCCUCCAGUGUUAUUCUGGUCUUAUGUUAUUUGACAUCAACCACAUCAGCUGCAACCACCAAAUCAGAUACCACAUCCGUAGAUAAACAUCCCAUUAAAGGCAUCGAUUGGUCGAAAUUUGACGAGUCAAGUUCAGACAAAGAAAUUUUGGAUUUAUUGUUGGAGAAAAAGCGUUAUGAUAAACGAUUGUUGCCGCCAGUAAAUGAUGAAGACUUUUGCUGUGGAUUGUCAUCACCAGAUAUGGCUACAGAACUAAAUUCAAGGAGACCACAUAGACGCGGUACUCUUACGGUAAAUGUGAACGUUUUACUACUUAGUUUAGCAUCACCCGAUGAGAGUAGUCUGAAAUAUGAAGUGGAAUUUCUGUUGAAUCAACAGUGGAAUGAUCCCCGUUUACAAUAUGGCAACAAGUCACAUUAUGACUUUUUAAAUGCAUUGCAUCAUCACGAUAGCAUUUGGACGCCGGACACUUAUUUCAUUAUGCACGGCGACUUUAAGGACCCCAUUAUACCCAUGCAUUUUGCUUUAAGAAUUUACCGGAACGGGACCAUUACGUACGCAAUGAGACGACACUUAAUAUUAUCCUGUCAGGGAAGUUUACACAUAUUUCCAUUCGAUGAUCCGAAAUGUUCGUUUUCAAUGGAAAGCAUUUCGUAUGAAGAAGCCCAAAUAAAAUAUGUUUGGAAAAAUGAUGAGGAUACUUUACGCAAAAGUCCCUCAUUGACGACAUUAAAUGCAUAUUUGAUUAAAAAUCAAACAACCGCCUGUGAUCAAAAUAGCUGGAGAGGGAACUACAGCUGUCUUAGAGUCGAUUUAAUAUUUACCAGAGAUCGAGCAUUCUAUUUCACCACCGUUUUUAUACCUGGCAUUAUAUUGGUGACGUCAUCAUUUAUAACAUUCUGGUUAGAAUGGAAUGCUGUACCGGCUAGAUCCAUGAUAGGUGUAACAACAAUGUUGAAUUUUUUCACAACAUCCAACGGUUUCCGCAGCACCCUGCCAGUGGUCUCGAAUCUUACAGCGAUGAAUGUGUGGGAUGGUGUUUGUAUGUGUUUCAUUUACGCGUCCCUUCUGGAAUUUGUUUGCGUCAAUUAUAUGGGACGUAAGCGACCACAGCACAAUGUUGUCUAUCGACCCGGAGAGAAUCCUGUUACACAGCGUCUUCCAGCGGUUCUAAGCAGGAUUGGAGUCAUUCUUGCAAGUCCUUUGGAAAUAAUCGAACGAGAAUUUCAUGCUGCUUUAUCGUCUGAAAAGGCUGCAGCAGGUAUUUCGAGUGCUGGAACAAGCAUGGGUGUAACGCCAACACCAGCAACACCCACAUCAGAACCCCUAACACGUGUUCACUUCUACCAGGAGCCAUCUGGAGGAAUAAUUGCAACGGCUGUUCAAAAUCUACGCUCCAGAUCUAUUAGACGCAGAUCACAUGUAGACAAACCCGUUGAGAUGGCCACCAGAGAAACAACCAGUCAGGUGUACGAGCACGUUUAUACGGAACCCGGUGGUGUAACAACAUUUGCAGCUGUACCUUCUAUUACAACUACAACUGUAACCAUUGAAAGUGAUACCACCGACGAUGUGGCCGAACAACCUAAAUUGCGUCGUACCCAGUCAAUGUCGACCAAUACACCGCCAUUAAUUUGCAAAAGCGCAAUUCAAACGGACAUAAAUGGUGAGACCAAAUCAGAACCAGAACCAGAACCCAAGCAUACAGAUGUAGAGCAAAUGCCUAUUAAGCCACCACGUAAGAAAUCGUCACGCUCAACUUCGCCCAGUGCACAAUACGAUGUUUUACAAAGAGAAAUGAUGGAAAUUUCCGGAACCGGAAAUCUUGGUGAAAAGAAACGUGAUGCCGGUGGACCCAAUGAAAUUGUUGCUUGUACCACAUGUGGCGGAAGUAGUGGCAGUCCUUGUACACAUUCAGCCAAUAAUGGUUGCGCAACAGAGACUUGUUUUGUCCAAGUACGCAAGAAAGAGCCUCCACAUCCAAUACGUAUCGCAAAAACCAUAGAUGUAAUUGCUAGAAUUACGUUUCCAACAGCAUACUCCAUUUUCUUAAUAUUUUUCUUUGUACACUAUAAAGGAUUUUCAUAAAAUUAUAAAAAAGAAAGCAAACCAACAAAAUUAUUAAAGCAGAAACAAACAAAAUCAACACUAAAGCUGUUUAUUUUACCGUAACUCACUGCAAAUAAACUAAAAACAAA